AUGGUGCUCGGCGUCGCGCUCGCGAUGACGACGCUGGUCGCGCACGCGCUGGCGAAAACGUCGCGAUCGACGCUGGGAAACGCGCCCGUGGCGAGCGUCGUGACGGCGGUGUGCGUCGUGGUCGCGAGCGCGCUCGCGAGGGGUGGCGAACGACGGUCAUCCAGGAGGGAGAGGCGCUGGGGCGCGGCGACGCGCGGCGACGAGACGCGCGAGGCGGCGGCGACGAGGAAUAUUAAGGCGUCGGUGGAGGAACUCUUGAGCGAUUAUCCGGAGGUUUUUGCGGCGUGGGGGGAAGUGAGAGAAAAGAUUAUAACGGAGUACGUGGUUUCGUUGUGGUACGAGUCGAUGACGGAUGACUUGGACGUCCCGAAUGCGAUUCGAAUAAUACUCGAUGGUGCGUUCGCAGAGCUAGCUCGACGAGCGCGAGAGAUGGACCUGGUGUCUUUUGCGUUGAGAGAAAUUCCAGACGUGCUGUCGCAGAGUUUAGAAUCGUAUCGUAGUGCUCGCGAGGAGGUGGGUGAGUCCGAAUUCCGGAAGCUUUGCGCGGAAGACGCGGAGGACGUAUUGGCGUGCGUCUUGCGAAAGCAAGGAGAGCUUCACCCGGCGGUGAGUGGCGAAAUCGAGACCACACGCGCGCUUCGAGCCCUAUCUUUGGUGAUGUCGGAUGCUUUGAUGGAUGGUGAAUUCGCUUCGGGUCUCACGACCGCACUCGUGCGCGAACUCAUCGUCGUUUCAUUGCUCAGGCCUCUUCUUCGAUUCGCCGAGCCGAGAUGGGCGAAUCGAGGUGUUCUGUACUUGACAGGUACAAACGUCGAUUACGACGAAGAGGAAGUCAAGGAUAUGUUGUCGAUAGAAUCUGAAGGCACGACGGUUGUUGAUGACUCGGCAAAUGUCUCUGAACGACGUUCUGAGACAAAUGCGUUGGCGACUCACAGUCGAACGGCGAGCGAUAGCAUCGACGCAGCGUUGACAGGGUUGUACUCAGACUUCAAACUCUCCGCUCGCAUCACGGGUGCGGAGAUCGUGGGUUCUGGAAGUUCGUCAUAUGCCGUGUAUCUGGUGACUGUGAACACGAACGAAGAUCAAACUUGGGUUGUCCCUCGGCGGUUUCGUAAUUUUGAAACGCUUCAUCGACGCCUUCGCGACGUCGACAGAGAAGCCACGAACGGUUUAGAGUUCCCGAGUAAAUCGUGGAUAAGGACAUCUCUGAGCGGUGUUUUCAUGGAAACUCGUAGAAAGGCACUCGAUACGUACAUGAAAUCGAUCCUGGCGAGCAAAAGUCUCGCGGAGAGUAGCGAGCUGUUUACGUUUUUAGACGCGCGGCCAGGAAUUUACGAUCCCGACCGUGGGAGCAUCGCCCCCGAGCUCAUGAAAACCAUGACAGAAGCAAUGGAGGGCAUGGCAACGAUGGUUUCGAACUCAACGAGUGAUUUAAUGGGCGGUGGGGAGACUGUUGACGAAGAUAGAGCGCCAGGUGAAGCGCCGACGCUUGGCUCAAAAAAGCCUCCGCGACACACUCGGAUGUCGUCCAUGUACAAAGAACCCACACCCACGGUACCGAGUGUGAACUCAUCAUCCAUUGAGCCGACGUCGAAGACGACGCGAAGCGAGAGCGCUUCCGAGACGAACGGCGAUGGCGAGGACGAAGACGCCUUCGUGGCUGAGGUUGAGAGUUGCAUGAACGGACCCGUGCUCGACCUCUUUGAGUGCGUCUUCACGUUGCGCUCGAAACCGAUGAUGCGACGCGCACUCGUUUCUUUGGUGCGUCAGACAAUUGAGUUUUUUUUCUCCAUCGAGCGAUCGAUUAGCAAGCGUUUCCGUGACUUUCGCAGCGCCGGUUCCAUGGCGCGCGCGCUCUCGUGGAUUCGUCGCGUCGUUUGGCCCGAGUCGCCGUAUCCCCCAGACACCCCAGCUCGCUUGGCACGUGAAGCAGAAACCGCUCGACAAGCUUUGCUCGGCGUCUUCACGAACGAAACCGUGCAAACCAUCAUGGGAACGCGCGCGAGCGCGAGAGCGGCGCUCGACGUCUACUCCUUGCUCCAAAGCCCGACGUGCUGUCGUCACAUCGGUUUCGUCGCCUUGGAGGCCUUCAUCGUGAGCUUAUUCCCCGAAGUUAUCGCCCACGCCGCGAGCAAAGACCUCGAGCGCGCGCUCGAGGCGUAG